AUGUGCUUGAAAGUUGAAUUUGAGUUUGGUACUUUAGUGAAGAAACAGAGUAACAAGAUGACAAACAGUGAGGGAAGCGCGCUUCACAGAGGAGAAUGGUUGAGGGUGAGAUCAAGCAAUGCAAGAGAAGAAGGCUUAAGAUGCAAGCCGAUUUGGAGAAGGAUGGAUCAGAGGAUGGAAGAGUCUGAUGCAGAGGAUAUGUCUACUCUGAGGAACAGUCUGAGAGUGAGAGAUUGA